AUGGCACAACAAGAAAUGACCCUCCAUCUUGUUGGGAUUGGUGUUACGCAUUCUAUUGCACCAAAUAUGCACAACUAUAUCGCCAAAUCUCUCGGUCUGCCUUGGACAUUCUAUGCGACCGAAUGCGCGACCACAGAAGAAUUGCUCAAUCUGGCCCGAAACCCUAAAACCACUGGUCUCGUUGUUACAAUGCCCUACAAGGGCUCGAUCAUGGAGCACCUCGAUGAGCGUGACGAACUCGCGUCCAUAAUUGGGGCAUGCAAUAAUGUGUACUACAAGACCGAUGGCUCUAGGCAAAUCUAUGGUACCAACACAGACUGGAGGGGAAUCAAGGGCUGUCUGCUAGAGAAAGGCGAAGAGAAGACCAGACCUUCUCCAACAUCUCCAGCAUCGGCUUUGAUCAUCGGUGCUGGUGGAGCAAGUCGUGCGGCUGUCUACGCUCUCAGCGAGCAUCUCUAUUGCCCAACGAUCUAUGUCUUGAAUCGCGACAAUGAAGAGGUGGUGAACCUCAUUCGUGAUUCAAAGAAACUCCCCAAUCCUCCCAGCAUCGUUCAUGUCAAAACGAUCGCACAGGCCGAGAAGCUACCAAGCCCUUACUACAUUGUUGGCACGGUUCCUGAUCUUGAGCCUAAGACAGAAACCGAAAUCGAAGUCGCUUCCAUUAUGAAGCAUUUCCUCUCCCGGCCGAAGAAAGGAGUCUUGUUAGACAUGUGCUUCAAACCGAGAAGAACCCGGAUGAUUAAGUUGGCAGAACAACUUGAAUACCCUAGUGUUGAGGGUACACAUGUCAUUGGAUAUCAGAUCGAGGAGCAAUGGCGCUUGUGGGCCGGAGAGGAGGCUUGUCAGAAGUUGGACAGAGAGGGUGCCUGGGAGGUCCUACUGAAGGCUGCGGAAGAAAGCAAGGGGAUCAAUUUUUAA